AUGACAAGCAUGGCCGAAAUCUCAUGGCCGCCAAAAUCCCCUCGGGAGGCCCUCUUGAGUACCCCGAAUGGUCGUAAGAGGUAUGAAGACAUGCAGCGUCGGCGCGAAAACCUGGGCUCGCCUUUGAAACGCUCUCUCACGACUCCGGACUUACGAUCCAAGGCAUCACAACUUCUAAGCGAUGGGGUAGACGACGGCGAGGAGGAUGAGGAUGAGGAAACUCUACAGUUGAAGCUGGCUGCCAUUGAGGCUCGGCUCAAGCUCAAGCAACUUCAGAAAAGCCGCGCGAAGACGGGGACGCCAGGUCCUGACAGGCACGAUGGUGAUGCCUCCUCUAGACCUGCUUCGAUGAUCGGUUCCUCACAGGCCCAUGACCAGUUGAUGGGAAACAAAAAUGAAUACCGGACGAGCACAGACGCCUGUGUCGACGACGUACAGGUUCCGUUGUCACCGACAAGGCGUCCUGCUCCGCCAACGGAUCCCGUGUCCCCGCGGCGGUAUGUGUUAGGCAUUGAUAAAGGCCUCAGAAGCAGGGAUGUAUCGUUGAGGCGCCCACCAAGCUCAAAGGGAGCUGGUCAACCAGCAGGCAGACCCGGGACACGAGAUGGUUUAGUCUCACAUUCUGGUAAUCUUCUGCAGGCGAUAACUGUGGGUGAACGCAGCCGUCCUAAGAGCUUCAGUGAGCGAAUGGCAGAGAGUCGAUCCAUUGAGGUGUCUCGGAGAGAACGAGCAGCUCGGGUAGAGCAGAUCCAGGCGAAUCGAAGCUCGGCUUUCCAGAUUGACAAGGCGGAGGUGGAGGCCUUCAAGGCGGCCGCUGAGGCAAGGAAAGACGCCCCGAAAUCGCCGACUAGAACUCGACGAACCGAGAGCUUUAGUCGGGAAGAUGUCCUACGGUCAUACAACAACCUCAAACCGUCGCUGAAAAGGAGCCAGAGCCAGAUCACUCCUGGUGUACGGAGACAUGACGACGAGAAUGAACUCAAGGAAUCAAGGCCAUACUUUCAUAGACGAAACCAGAAGUCUGAGUCAGAAGUGCCUGGUAGUUCUCAGCACAGUGCUACUGAUGAUUCUCAAGGCGAGAAAAGUGGCGACCCCUCAAAGUUCGAGGCCUUCUCUUCUUUACACCUGUCAAACCGCAUCUUACCCCAUUCGUUCUUGACUCGAACUCUGGAAGACAAGAAGGCCCUCAAGAUUCCUGAUCUACUCCGCACAGUAAAGGCGCCUGACUUCGAACUGCCGGAGGAUAUCGACACGGAUUUUGUUGUAUUUGGCAUCGUCGCUUCGAAAUCCGAGCCUCGGCAAAUAAAGCAACCCGGAAAUACUACUAAGAAGGAGGUCGAUCCAUUUGAUGAUGGGACGAACAACAACAGCCAAUACAUGGUGAUUACCCUUACAGACCUGAAGUGGACGAUUGACCUUUUCCUUUUCGAUACUGCCUUUCCACGCUACUACAGAAUCUCCGAAGGGAUACUCAUUGCCAUCUUAAACCCUACCAUCAUGCCACCACCUAAGAACAAGACAGACACCAACAAAUUCAGUCUCGCCAUUUCCUCAUCCGAUGACAAAGUCCUAGAGGUUGGCUAUGCACAAGACAUUGGGUUCUGCAAGGCUGUCCGGAAGGAUGGCAAGACAUGCCACUCAUGGGUUGAUGGCCGGAAGACGGAGUUUUGCGACUUUCAUGUUGACUUGCAGAUCCGUCGAACGCAGGCACACCGGAUGGGCGUGAAUGGCGGCACAGGCAUGUAUGGACCAGGCGGUCGUUCAGGCUCUCGGACCGGCUUCUUCAGCGGGGACAAGAAAGGCCGUCCCCAGAACGGACUGAAGCCAGUCGGCGCCAGAUACGACUUUCAAUCCCAGUCCACUUACUACGUUGCACCGGCUCCAAAGUCCAGGGGCAGCGGUCCAUCUUUUCAUCAACUACCGAGUGGCCAGUCUGCCGCAAGUCUCAUCGAUGCCGAUAACGAAGACCCAUUCAUCGCUGCUGGGAUGAUGGGUCGUGGCAUGGAAAGCAAAGAGGAACGCUUCCGUAAACGCCUCGCAGAAAAGCAACGUGAACGCGACAUCACACACAGGCUCAUUUCCCGCCCGGGAGGCGUCGGGGCCGAGUAUCUUCGAUCUCGCGAUACCGAGAACGUCUCAUCACCGCGUCUCGAUGCCAAAUCCGAACAGGCAAAGGAUCAAAAAGGCGCCGCGGACUCGCUUCCUGCUCAUAACUUGGGCGUUUCAAGCUUCAGAAGAGCCGACACGGUGAAACUAAGCCCAUUGAAACGCGCCCAUGAUGGCGACAGACCCCGCAGCAGCAGCAUAAAAAAGACCCGGUUCAUAACCUCCCAUGGCAUCAAAGAGGCCGGAAGAGAUAGCCUGGGAGGAAAGUCCGACAUGGUACCAACGAACAACGAUGAUGAUGACGACGAUGAACUAGACAUCAUCUGA